GGCGUUCUAUCAGUACUGCCACGUCUGCCUGGGGCUGGUAACCCCGGUUAAGCCUUAACCAGUGUACUGUAGGCACUUAGCUUAUAAAAUGUUCCAGCUCGCCCUCCCUCUCCUCCUACAGUUCGAACGCCAGCAAUACUUUUUGCGCCGUCGAAGUCUUUGAUUCGAUGGACAGCCGCUGGUCCAUCUGUGUUUCUCUCCUAUCUUUCAUCUUCUUGCAUCUCUUACCAUUGAAUGCUCGAUUGGAUCCGAUCUUGCGGUUGCCGUCGGAAAUCUCCGGCGGACGACUGGAAGCAGGAGGAGAUGAUUCGGUCGGGACCAGAUGGGCCAUCCUGAUUGCAGGAUCGUCGGGCUACGGGAAUUACCGACAUCAGGCUGAUGUAUGCCAUGCCUACCAAGUCAUGAAAAAUGGUGGUCUUCGAGAUGAAAAUAUCGUUGUUUUCAUGUACGAUGAUAUUGCAUAUAAUGAGGAAAAUCCCAGACAAGGAAUUAUAAUUAACCGUCCUGAGGGGGAUGAUCUGUAUGCUGGAGUUCCCAAGGAUUAUGUAGGAGAUAAUGUUAAUGUUGACAAUUUUUUUGCUGUUCUCCUUGGAGAUAAAAAGGCUGUAUGUGGUGGCAGUGGGAAAGUUGUUGAGAGUGGACCUAAUGAUCAUAUAUUCAUAUUUUAUUCAGACCAUGGUGGCCCAGGAGUUCUGGGCAUGCCUACAUAUCCUUAUCUUUAUGCGGAUGAUUUAAUCUCUGUUUUAAAGAAAAAGCAUGCCUCCAAUUCCUACAAAAGCAUGGUCAUCUAUAUUGAGGCUUGUGAAUCUGGGAGUAUUUUCGAGGGUCUUCUCCCUGCGGAUACAGCUAUAUAUGCAACCACGGCAUCUAAUGCUGUGGAGAGUAGUUGGGGAACUUAUUGUCCUGGAGAGAGUCCUAGUCCGCCUGCAGAGUACUGGACAUGCUUGGGAGACCUCUACAGCAUAUCUUGGAUGGAGGACAGCGACAUCCAUAAUCUGAGAACUGAAACUCUGAAGCAGCAGUACGAACUAGUAAAAAAAAGGACGUCUGUUGAUUACACAUAUAACCAAGGUUCUCAUGUAAUGCAAUAUGGUCAGCUUGGUCUCAACAGCGAAAAUGUCUUCCGUUACAUUGGCUCUAAUCCUACCAAUGAUAAUUCUACUUUCAUUGAGGAUAACUCUCUCACCUUCACGCAAAGUCAUGUGAACCAGCGCGACGCAGACCUCAUUUAUUACUGGCACAAGUUCCGUAAUUCGCCCGAAGGAUCUUCGAAAAAACUCGAUGCCCGGAAAGAAUUGCUUGAUAUAAUGACCCAUCGCUUGCACGUAGAUAAUAGUGUAAAACUCAUAGGGAAGCUUCUCUUUGGAUUAGAGAAAGGCAUCGAAAUUCUCAAUGCAGUUCGUCCGAGCGGGAUGCCAUUAGUCGAUGACUGGACUUGCCUCAAACUGAUGGUUCGGACUUUUGAAACUCACUGCGGAUCUCUGUCUCAGUACGGCAUGAAGCACAUGCGCUCGCUUGCGAACAUCUGUAAUGCUGGCAUUGAGAAGGAGACGAUGGCUAAGGUUUCUGCCGAUGUUUGUGACCACAUUCCAUCCACCCCAUGGAGUACCCUCCAUAGAGGCUUUAGUGCCUGAAAUGGUUUCUACAAUGGGAAAUGUUCUGCUCUGGCUGGUAGCUAUCAUCUACAGUUUGUAAAUAGAAUGUAGCUAGCUGUGGCAUGCUUGCUGUUAUUGCAAUAGAUUUUAAGGUUACAUCCCCAAAUUAUUGAAAUGGUCGUGUAAAAGGUAUAAUUUAUCAUUCCGAGUGCAUUGUAGUAGUUAUGUUGGGUAAUGUAAAGAAUAUUUGUGCUUCUGAAUUAUUUAUAUUUCUAUCUGUAAUGAAGUUGCUAGCCUUGUAAAACUCAAUGGGUUGAUCUUGAAUGUUGAUGGAUAACUGAUUGAUUGUGAUGAA